UCGAAGAGAACACGUCCCAGGUCGCGGAUGGUCCGGCCCCUGAGGCCAGACGGUCCGAGGAAGAACAGAGACGGCCGCAAAGCCCAGCCCUCCUCGCGGACAGUCCGGCCCCUAAGGCCGGACGGUCCGGUCUUCUCCGGGACGGUCCGGCCUUUAAGGGCGGACAGUCCGGCUGCUGCCAGAGAGAUCUUCUUUCUUGUGCACUACUAAAUAAUAUAGAUUCAAAAUGCUAACUAAAGUUCUCUCACACCUACUAUGUUUCCUAAAGCAUGGAGAUCCAACGAUGCCAUAGAGAAGGAAUUCACAAUAUCGGCUUCGUUGACCCACGACGCGUAAACGAGCCAAUGAUUAAGGAUUUUCGAGAGACUACAGUACAAUUUAUGCAUAAGUGUCUUCACAAGCAACGCAAUAUGGAUUACAUACUUGUUUCAUAUAAUUUUAAGUUAGUGUUCAUUAUCUUUUCGUAUUCAUACCUUUUCUAGAUUAAAUGUGUUGUCUAAAUUUGCUCUCUCUGUGUUUAUAAACUUUGUACAGUUUUCACUGGGUACUUAUGGUGGUCUCAAUGAAUGAAGGCAUUGUAUUUGUCCUUGACUCAUUGAGGAAGCCAGCCGACGACUUAAAACUAAUGACAGACCUUCUUAAAGAAGCAUGGAGUCGGCUACGCAAAAAGAAUGUCGAUCUUAAAGAAACUCUUGAUUUUAGGAUGAACUUUUCGUGUUUGGUACAGAAACAGGGUAUCAACCUCUGCGGUUUCUACAUUUGUGAAUUUAUUCACACAUUCGUAGGUCAGAAGACAGUAACCAAAGAUAUUCAGGUACAAGGGAUGCAGGGAGAAGUACUUGGGGAGAAUACUAUAAAAGCAAAUCAAGAACAGCUAAUAGGGUUUAUUAAUAGGGAGGUACAAUCUAAAGAAGGAGAGUUCUAUUAUGAAGGACAAACUCUUCGGGACCACGAAGAUUCUAAUUCGUAUUAAGAAUGUAGAAAUGAGGAUACGCUGUUCGGCUGACAACAUUCCUGCUCGAGUGGUUGUUUUCUGUUUUUAUUCCAGAAAUGAGGACAUGUAUAUAUACGCUAGCUGUUCCAGCCGAACAAGUUAUA